UCUGUCAUUCACUUUUAUUAUUCUGAGAACCAACCGAUCCAAUCCAGUUAUUUUUAUUUUCACUCACUUAUGUUUUGAAACACACAAUAAAUAAAUAAAGUGGGUUUGUUCCCUGAGAAGAAAUUAAAUUGCUAUCAUGGGAAAGCAAAGGAAAACCCGUAAAAUUGUGGAGAAGAGGUUUGCUAAAAUGAAAAAAGUGAUUAGCCCUAGCGACAGCAGGAUAAAGGACAGUCAAAGAGCAGAACCUAAGAAGAAAAAGAUAGAUCCUCACGAGAUGAAGAUUCGCGAAGUUCCUCAGUCAAGCACGGCUAUGUUCUUCCAAUACAACACGCAGCUGGGGCCUCCCUACCACAUACUCAUUGACACUAACUUCAUUAACUUCUCCAUCAAAAACAAACUGGACAUAAUGCAAAAUAUGAUGGACUGCCUUUACGCUAAAUGCAUUCCAUACAUUACUGAUUGCGUUCUAGGAGAGUUAGAAAAGUUAGGUAGAAAAUACAGGGUGGCAUUAAGAAUAAUCAAAGAUCCACGGUUUGAAAGAAUCACAUGUCUGCACAAAGGGACUUAUGCUGAUGACUGUAUAGUUCAAAGAGUAACACAACAUAAAUGCUAUAUUGUGGCUACAAAUGAUAAAGAUUUAAAGAGACGGAUACGGAAGAUUCCGGGAGUGCCAAUAAUGUAUGUGGCUGAACACAAGUACACAAUUGAGAGGAUGCCGGACGCAUAUGGCGCACCAAAGGGUGCAGUUUAGCUUAAGUUCUUAUUAAUAAAAUAUUCUUUCAUA